UUAUCCUUUUGGUAUAUGUACAUGUGUGUUUUUAAUGAAAAAUGGACUCAAAAAAUACCGUUAUGCUAUUCAUACACAUUUCCCAUUUAUUCCGGUUAUAGAGAGUCCAUUCUAUGCUCCCAGAAUGUAUUUAUUUAGGCUACGGCUGCUUUAAGGGUGUUAAACACUGCCUUUUUUGAAUCAACCAAGUACAACAUCCUGCUUUUAAAGUACCCUAAAUUAAACCCAGCCUUCGGCAUUCCUACAGAUGAAAUCACAGCCUGGUUUUUAAGACUGCUACGUUUGAACAUCUGAGAUUCUAAAUGUUUAAAGAAACUCUUAAAAGGUCUCAUUCUUACUUUGGCUCCUGAUCUUAUACGGCAAGUCUGGUGUAUUCACCUUAGGAGAGUGUUUGAAAAAAUAAGAAAGAAAGAAAGAAAGAAAGAAAGAAAGAAAGAAAGAAAGAAAGAAAGAAAGAAAGAAAGAAAGAAAGAAAGAAAUGGGGAAACAUUCUGUAAACACUGAAACUGGACCAAUCAACCCUUGAGUCUAUAACGACUUUGAGGAGCUCUUGGAAAAAUUUGAUUAAACAGGAAACGAAAGAAAAUAUUUUGAAUGACUGCCUGGGGCCUGGGAAUUAUUUAUUUUUUUAUGAUGUCAAUGCCUUCUUUCCAUGGAAGUAUUGUGAAGGUUUGAAGACAUACAACAGAACUUACAAAAAGACAUCUUUGCAGAUUUUUUGGGUAGCCUUUGAAGCAGUGUUUAUGUUCAGAGGUUGUGUUCUAGGGCAAGAGGAUACAAUUCCUUAGGCCGUGAGGUUUGGAAGCAAAAACAAGGCAGAAAUGGCCUCCUUAAUUGCAGAGAACUUUAAAUUUGUUUCCUUGUUCUUCAAGAGCAAAGACGUGAUGAUUUUUAAUGGUCUCAUCGCGCUGGGUACUGUGGCGAGUCAAGAGGUCUAUAGUGUCUUUGCCUUCAGCUGCCCCUGCUCCCCAGAACGAAACUACCUGUAUGGCCUGACAGCGAUCGGAGUGCCAGCCUUGGCUGUGUUCCUCAUUGGCGUCAUGCUGAACAGGAACACUUGGAAGCUGGUCUUUGAGUGUCGCACCAGGGGCAGCAGGAGCCUCUCUUCCACAGCUGGCUUUGCUCUGCUGGGGUCCAUUGUGGGACGGGCGAUGGUGGCGCCUUUUACCUGGACGAUCAUAUCUCUACUGCGUGGAGAGCCCUACGUUUGCGCUCUGAGUGAGUUUGUUGAUUUAACCUCUCUGGACAGUUUUCCUGGAGGCCAUGGAGCUGGCACCUUGGCCAGGUUCCCCUGCAAAGAUGUCCCAGCUGAGAUGAAGAGCUUCAAGGAAGAGAUUGUGCGCCGACUGAAAUAUGAGUCUCAGCUCCUGGGCUGGCUGCUGGUGGGGCUCGCUGCCGUCAUCGUCUUUCUCCUCAUGUGCUUGAAGCGUUGCUGCUCCCCUCUGGGAAACCACCAGGAGGCUUACUGGUCCCAGUACCGCUCCAGCGAGAACGAUCUGUUUCAACGCACCGCUGAGGUCCACGCCAAGCUCCUGGCUGCCACCAAUGUCAAGCAGUUCUUCGGCUUCGUGGCCCUGGACAAAGAGGAAAGGGAGCAGGUGAAGGAAUUUGCUGUGGAGGAUGCCACUCCCAGCUUGCAGUGGAACAAGAUCACAGGGGUCUACCUGUACCGUGAGAACAAAGGUGUCCCACUCUACAGCCGCCUGCACAAGUGGGCCAAAGACAUGACCAAUGCCAACUUGGACACUAAUGGAAAAUAAUCUGACCUUUGUACCAUGUGAUGUUCUACAGCAAGCUGCAAACAAUGCACCAAGACUGAAAUCUUUGCACUGUCUCACAUUCGCAAUCAUAGUUCCUUGGUGUCUGUUUACCACAUUCCUCAUCGGCGGGUUUCAGAAAGCUGAAAUCUGUCAGUUCAUGAAACCUGAUUUUUUAGCAGGCCUAUUAUUGACAGAUUUCACUCUGUGAACCAAAUAGGAAUGCGACUGUAUCUAUUUGCAGCAACAUGGGGUAUCACAGGACAUUUUUCCUUAUUUAUUUUUUAUUUACAUUGGAUUGAAAGUUUCAAAAUGGGUGUAACAGGGGUGUUCUGUUACAGUGUGGGUUUCCACUGAGAGAUGAGAGACACAGAGGGUUUGUAGUUGAAACUCCGCUCAGGCGUAUAAGGUUUUAUAUAUUUACAAGGGGUUGCAGUGGUUGUUGGCUGCACUAGUGUACCAGCAAUGGCAUAAUUAGUGCAGGAUAACAUACACAAACACAGUGUACAUCAUUGUAAAGAAGCCAAACAAAACACAGUGAGAAACAACAGCUAUCAAACAAAAGGUGGUUAAGCUUGGGCUGUGUGCUGUGCCCGCUAAAAGGGAGGUCUCGCUUCAGGAACCUUCUCCCUACACAAAUUAAAUAAACUGGAUGGGAUUAAAAUCCCCUAAAUCAAUCCCUACCCUAGUUGUAACAAUUAUCCUGGUUACACACGCAGUGAUAAUUGUGGUUGGUCCAUCAAGUUCACUCUCCCUAGCUAUCCAUACAGGUCUGAAUCUUCACCCCGGUGAACGGGAACAGGAACAGGAACCGGAACCGGAACCGGAACCGGAACCAGAACCAGAGCCAGAACCUACAACACACAAAGAAGAGCAAAGAAACUCUCUUUAAAGGCAGGUGACCAUUGUUAAUUGAUUGUCAAUUCUUUCAAUUGACACCUGGCCACCUGCUGCACAUUCCUUUCAAUUAGACAGGGAGGGGAGUCUAAUCUCCCAGCCCUGCCAUAUCUAACCAAACAAAAAUACAUUCUUAUGUGCAAAUCAAACAAGAAUAUAUUCUUUACAGGGGCAGGCCUCACCCCGGCCACAAUGGGCUUAAAAGGUAGCAUAUUUUGUAACAACUGUAAGUCACCCUGGAUAAGGGCGUCUGCUAAUAAGUAAAUACAUAAAUAAUUUUGAAACAUAUAACAAUGCGCUUUUAAAACUGUACGUGACAC